AUGUCACGAAUACCGUCUAAGAGUGGCCAAGUAGACAGAUCUUCGGAGGAAGAUGUCUCUUCUGAAUAUUCACAAGAAGAAAGUAGUGAGGAAAACUCGUCGUCAUCAGAGGAAGAACAAUUGCUAUUGAAACCUGUAUUUUUAUCGAAAGCAAAGAGAAGUCAGAUUCAAUCGAAGGGCCCACAAGAUAGACUGUUCCAUGAAUCUAAUAGAGCGAAAGAAAUAACUCUAUCUAAUCUUGAAAACACAUCACAAGACAUUGAUGUUUCCAAGAUAGCGGAUGAUGAUUUCAAUGGCAUAGACGAUACAGACGAUCUUGACCCUGAACAAGAAUAUCUAGACUGGAGGAAGAGAGAGUUACAACGCUACAAGCGGGAUCAACAAAUCCUCAAACAAAAAGAUUUGAUUAAAGAAGAUCAAGUUAGGAGGAGUAACCUAACUGAAUCUGAAUUGAUGGACGAGUUUAAGAGUAGGAAGAUACAAACGAAUGAAUCUUCGAAGGGAAACUCAUCAGCUGAAGAGUCCAAUUCUUUGUAUGAGUUUACCACUGGAAAGCAGACUAAUUCAGUAGAAAAUGAUUCUUUCGUCAACAGCAACGAAAAUGAAAAUAAUAAUGAUAAUGAUAAUGAUAAUAAAAAUAAAAGUAGUAAUGAGAAACACAUGAGACCCACAAAGUUAAAGUUCAAAAGAGUUAACUGA